AUGGGUGAAUCCAAGACAAAGAAGUCCUCAGAUGAGGAGGAGACAGAGUUCCAGAUCCAGCCCAGCAAAGUUAACCCUGUUCUAGACACAUCCAAUUGGCCUUUGUUGCUUAAGAACUAUGAUCAACUCAAUGUACGCACAGGUCACUACACACCUCUACCCUUUGGGUCAUCGCCGCUCAAGCGAAACAUACGUGAAUAUGUGCAGUAUGGAGUUAUGAAUUUAGAUAAACCUGCUAACCCCUCAUCGCACGAGGUGGUGGCGUGGAUUAAGCGCAUUCUGAGAUGCGAGAAAACUGGACAUUCUGGUACUUUAGAUCCCAAGGUCACGGGCAAUCUUAUCGUCUGUGCUGAUCGUGCCACUCGAUUGGUAAAGUCACAACAAGGUGCUGGAAAGGAGUACGUGUGCAUCGCCCGUUUCCACGGACCCGUCGAGGGCGGAGAGGCAACUGUGAAACGCGCAUUAGACCAACUGACUGGUGCUCUGUUCCAAAGACCGCCUCUUAUCUCCGCUGUCAAGCGUCAGCUGCGUAUCAGAACUAUCUAUUCGUCAAAGCUAGUAGAGUACGACAACGACAGACACUUGGCCGUAUUCCACGUCUCUUGCGAGGCGGGUACAUACAUACGUACGCUGUGUGUACAUCUGGGGCUUGUUCUGGGUGUGGGGGCGCACAUGCAGGAGCUUCGUCGAGUCAGGAGUGGUAUCAUGACCGAGCAAGACAAUAUGGUCACCAUGCACGAUGUGAUGGAUGCCCAGUGGGUGCUAGACAACACCAAGGACGAGACCUAUAUUCGACGUGUAGUAAUGCCUCUAGAGGUUCUACUCACGUCCUUAAAGCGUGUGGUGGUGAAGGAUUCAGCUGUGAAUGCCAUCUGUUACGGAGCCAAGCUGAUGGUACCCGGGCUACUGAGAUUUGCCAACGAGAUAGAAGUUGGAGACGAAUGUGUGCUCAUGACCACCAAGGGUGAGGCGAUAGCACUUGGUAUUGCCAUGAUGACAACGGCAGUCAUGGCUACCUGCGACCACGGCGUGGUUGUCAAGAUCAAGCGUGUGAUUAUGGAGAGAGAUACAUACCCUCGCAAGUGGGGCUUAGGUAAGUACGCUACCGAGAAGAAGAGUAUGAUCAAGGACGGCAAACUGGAUAAGUAUGGCAGGGCAAACGAGGCCACCCCACAGACCUGGAAGGCCGGAUACAAAGAUCACAG